CAUCGCUGGUAGAAGGUUGGUUUCGCUAAAAGCGGCACGUCUGCAAGACAGCUCUAUUCUAUUGCCCAGUGUGAUUUGGUCGGCUUCAAGAAAAUAAUUUUAUUUUAAAAAUUGAACAUAUAUGGUUGAUCAUGGUGUUUUCAAUAAUAUCUAAGAUCCUCAAUGUGCUGAUCCGCGUUGGCGAGAUUUAUUACAUAGACUAUUCUGAUACGAUUCUUAACAAGUGACAAGUUCAUGACAUUCCAGUAGUCUGUGUAUAAAACAUCAAGGUACAGUCCUGAGACAGGUAACAAAUUUCAAAAUUUACCUCCGCCUUUCUAGCUAAAAGUAUUCGUAUGCAUCCAGCGACCAUCCAAGUUGAAAAUUCAUUCACGGCCCCUGCAGCCGCCGGUCACGAGAGCAAGCAACAAUUCAGCCUUCACAAAAUGCAAUUUCUCGAUCUUGCAUUAUUGUCGCCGGUGUUGAAAUCCUUCGUUGCGGGUUCGCUGUCGGGCACUUGCUCAACCAUCCUCUUCCAGCCCCUGGACCUCGUCAAGACCAGACUGCAGACAAGGAGCCUCCCUGUCAGUGGCGGCGGGGCAGACGGCAUGCUUGCCAUCUUCGAGCAAGUGGUGCGCCGUGACAACAUCCAGGGCUUGUGGCGCGGCAUGGCACCGAGCAUGUACCGCUGCGUGCCGGGGGUGGGGCUGUACUUCUCGUCGCUGCACUCACUCAAGACGGCGCUGUGCGAGGAGGGGCGGCCCCUGGGCGCCGUGCAAGCCGUGCUGCUGGGGGUAGCGGCCAGGACCAUCUCAGGGGUCACCAUGAUACCCAUGACCGUCGUUAAGACUCGUUACGAGAGCGACGUGUACCGCUACAGAGGCGUGGUGGAGGCUGUGCGGACGAUCUACAGCAAGGAGGGCGCGCGAGGACUCACGUGUGGCUUGUUGCCCACGCUGCUCAGAGAUGCUCCCUUCUCGGGACUGUAUCUCAUGUUUUAUACGCAGAUCAAAUACAAAAUUCCUGAAGAUUACCGAGAAGGACCGCUGUCGAGCGCAUGUCACUUCAGCUGCGGUGUGAUCUCAGGCCUCCUGGCCUCUGCCAUCACUCAGCCCUUCGAUGUGGUCAAGACCAAGAUGCAGCUCUACCCUGACAAGUUCAGCUCCCUGCUGCAGGUGGUGAUAUAUGUACGUAAGAAGUACGGCUACAAGGGGUACUUCAAAGGGCUUGUGCCGCGCAUGCUGCGCCGCACUCUCAUGGCUGCCAUGGCAUGGACCGUGUACGAAAAUAUGAUGCAGACGCUUAAGCUCAAAUGACCCCAUCCUCAAACUCCUCUCAUUCUUGGUGAUGCUUUGGAGUAGCUUGGAGUACGUCCGUGGUGUAGCUUGGAGCACGUCCGUGGAGUAGCUUGGAGCACGUUCGUGGAGUAGCUUGGAGCACGUCCGUGGAGUAGCAUGGAGCACGUCCGUGGAGUAGCUUGGAGCACGUCCGUGGAGUAGCUUGGAGCACGUCUGUGGAGUAGCUUGGAGCACGUCUGUGGAGUAGCUUGGAGCACGUCCGUGGAGUAGCUUGGAGCACGUCCGUGGAGUAGCUUGGAGCACGUCCGUGGAGUAGCUUGGAGCACGUCCGCGUUGUAGAUUGGAGUGCUUCUGACGAUCUCCAUUUUCUCGGAGGAAGUUGAAUAUUUUACGAGCUUCAGUCCAGGCACACGAGUUUCAAUGACGAGUUGAGGAUGCGCUCAAAGCAUUUAAUCGACAUGGUCUACGGCGUGCAUUUCUGAAUUCAGAAAGCAGGAAUAUUUAGACGGUCUUGUUGUACGCUGUUGGGUUGACAGCAGCCAUAUCGCUCGGCACUUGCCAUUAUUGCAGCUGAAGUGACACUUGAGUGUCAGAAUAGCAAGCUGUAGAGAAUGAAAUAUUUUUGUACUAUUUUAAUGGACUAUGGUUCCAUGUUAUAAAAAAACCAUAGCAUUAAUAGAUUUUGUAAGAGCCAGACAUUUGUUUUUAACAUAUAUUUUUACGUGCAAAUUAAAAGUAGCUUUUCAAUUGCUGUCCUCUAGCAAUUAUUACCGCUUUCAAUUGUGAUUAACGUAAUAGGUGUUAGACCAAUAUUGCUCAUUUCCGUUCAAACUCUUGUAUGCAUCAAAAUUCUUGACUGAAUGAUAUUUUUUUGCAAUGGUUCGAAUUUUUUCGUUGCCUUAUUGUGUCGGGAUGAAGUCUGAAUUUUUGGGCCAAUUUUGCCAUAGUGUUAUCACGAUUUCACUUUGAAUAGUUGAUUUUGCUCAUUUUUUAGGUUAGGUUUCCCGUUGAACUUGAUUUAACUGUGCCGUAUGUGCCUUAACUUGCGUGUGCAACUGGCACAUUUUACGAUAAAUAUUUCAAAAGAAACGCUUGAUAGUGGAAGAUAGAAGAGUUGUUCCUUACUGUGUAAGGGUAUUUACUAUUUUAUGACGUUUCGGGGGCAUUCGUUUUUUGUUACCUAACAAUACCUCACUAGCAGCUUAGUUGGCAGUGUGAAUUUUUAAUCUACUGUCAUUCACUAACCUAAGCAAGCAGACAAGUAUUUAAUAUUAAUUAUUAAUUAAAAGAUUAUAACUUGUUUCUAGCGUACAAUCUUCAUCUCGUGAGUAUAAGAUUUCUUCGGUUUGCACGAGAAUUCGCACAUAAUGAAUUUGAUAUUUUGUAGCUAAAUCGCAUGGUGCUCUUAAUGUUUGCCGUUUACUAGUGCAAACUUUUAGUUAAAUUACAGCAUAUCUUUGCUUUAUAUUGAGAGACUUGAGACCGAGUAAUGUACACUGCCUCCACGAGAGUGAAGUUACUGUCCUCUGCCGGUCGGCACGUGGGGCAGCAACAAAGGUCCUCCACUCUUGUCUAUGCUGGUCUAGCUUUUUUAUUGCGUCCCAGCUCUGGUUCAGGGUCCCCAGUACCGUUUCAACUGUUCGGCACCAGGCUAGAGCAGUUUCAUGAUGGGGUUGCUCUCUCUUCUUAUAACGUGGCCGGUCUAGUUUCGUCGCUUUCUCAUUGGGAUAGCAGCCAUGCUCUCCUACUUGCACACUCCUUGUUAGAUAUGGUUUUUGGCCAAAAGAUGCUCAGGAUUCUCCGCAAGCUUCUGGUAUGGAAGAAUAACAGUCUACUGAGAUCGCUGUUAUUUAAUGUUCCUCUAGCAGUUCAUUUAUAAUAGCUUACUGAAGCACAACAAAAUCCUUCCUUCGAUGCCUGCUGUUGUCACCUACUGUACGCAAAGUUGUAAAAAAUAUAUUCAUACCAAGCGCUAUUUAUUGAAUAUUGUCCAUCGCUAGUACGGCGAUCUCUCAGUAGAUUUUCGACUAUUUAUUUUAGAUAUAAAGAAUGUCGUGCUUUCUAGAUACUUCCGCUCAGAUAAGCCGAUUCUGGGACAUGAAAUACUGAUAGUUAUUGCUGCAAUUCGCCGACAAAUAUACGCUUGAUGCUAUGGUAGACAUUCAGCACGGAUUUAAGCUAUUUUUAAUUGUUUCAAUUUAGGAAUGGAAGUAACUUUUGUUUUUUAACAACGUUUAUCUGAUGUUGAAGAUGAGAUGACAUGUUGGAUAUGUUCUGUGCUAGAUGACCUGUGAGUGCAAAAAUGUAGAUUUUAGCGAUUAUCCUUGAGAUAUGCGUGGGCGACAACCACUACUAUUAUUAGUUUUCAAUAAAGUCCUCAACUCAGCAA